UAUUGUUGUUUGUUGACAAUGUAGUUGGAUGUAGGAUAAUUAUUUUGUUUUCGUUUGUGUGAGUGAUUAUUUGGAGCUCUUAUGUUUUCUCAGUUUAAACAAAAUGACAAAUUUUUCUUGAACUGAUUAAAAAACAUUGUGUAUUUUUCAUUUUUGCUGCUCAUUAUGUCCAGUCGAAGGCGGAGAAUGACGUUUUACCCGAAAGAUUUAAUUGAUGUUUUCAAAAUACUCAAACAGGUGAAAGAAAACUGUGUUACGGUGAAGUGCUGUGGAGGAACGUAUCCAGUUAGUGAAAACGGAGAUGUGCUGAUAUAUCUAAACAAUUUAAGACGUAUCCUAUGGUACGACCCUGCGGAACAAAUUUUGACUGUAGAAGCAGGAGUUACACUUAAAGAAAUUUUGAAGUGCGUCGAAUAUUUCAACGCUACGCUAGAACUGUACGGAACAUUGCCAGAUAUGGCUGUUAUUGAUGCUGUUUCUAUAGGCCUAAUUGGUGCCAAUGGUACAAUUGCACAAUGUAUUAAAGCGUGUAAAGUAGUGUCCUUACACGGCGAUACCAUUGAUUGUAUGUGGCCCUGUGCAGAACAUGUUGUUGAUCAGAGUGGAAAAUGUGAAGGAAACGGAACUGUGUGCCCAACAUUGCAGCAUGUUGUGUGUGGCCUUGGUUGUGUAGGUAUUGUUGCAUCUGUUACUUUGAAAUGUGUACCAAUACAUCUAGCUCAACAGGUCACAUAUGUAUGCACAGUGAAAGAAAUACCAGGAAUAUCUGAGAGACUGUCAGCAGCUCUUUACAGUGAAUUACUGUGGUACCCUCUUAUAAACAGGAUAGCUGUCACAAAUCAUUACCCAAUACGUUUACAUCAAGGGUUUUACCAGCCAUUGUGGAAGAAAGUUAUAGAGACAGCAUAUAUACUUAUGCAUCAGAUAGUAACUCGUGUCAGCCCAUACAUUUCGUGGUAUUUCCCUGAAGCUUCAGCAUACCUUUCACGUCAGCAGUUUGGACUGGUGAUGAAAGCAGCAUCGCGCAGAACUGGUUUUUGUUUUAAACCGCAGAAAUUUGUGUCUGUUGAGAGUUAUUGCAAAGGGAUAAAAUGGUCAAUUCCUACAGAACAUUUACCUACACUGAUGCAGGAGAUCAGGAGUUGGGCUGAGAAGCAUAAACAUUUCUGUUCAACCCCCAUUGUGUUGUGUUUCCAGACAAACAAAGAUCUAGAUCUGCGCAAACCAUUGCUUUGCCCAUAUACAGAUGUUAGUACAUGCACAAUAUGGACUGACUGGUUCUGCAACAAGAACUUGAUGAUCUCUUAUUCUGCAGAAAUGGCAGAGUUUGAAUCAUUGCUGCAGAAAAAUUGUGGUCGUAGAUGUUGGUCUGCUGGUCCUGUAUUUAUUUCACCACUUAUUGGACAGAUGUAUCCAGGUUUCAAGCAUUGGUGUUCUGCAAAGUCGGUGUUGGAUCCUGAUCUGAUUUUUAGAAGUCCGUAUGUAGAAGGCAAUCUUAUUAUUGAAAACUGCUAAUGUAUGUCCUCAAUGUAUGUUAUUCUCUUCACUGCUUAUGCAGUGUGUCAUGCGCUUUGAGAUGUAUUAUAGCAUAUCAAGAAUCAUCAUUCUAAUGACUUUGAAAACGCUUUGCAUCACUAUAUCUGUGGAAGAGGCUUGGUCGCAGUGAAGUAAUAAUAAAUAAAUAAAAUAUAAAAAAAUACCCACAAAGUGUGAAUCAAAUUCCAGACAAUCUUAUCAACUGUCUCCAUUGUUGAGGACCAUGGACUGAUCACUACACAAAUAAUUAAUUUCAGCUUUGUUGUGGUUGUAGCACGGAAUAAUUCCAAACAAGAAACUUACUGAUGUCAUGUUUACAAGCAUUAACUGGCACAACAGUCAUUAAAUUCAGCAAUAUUUUUGUACUGUAGAAAUUGCAGAAAGCAGUAAGAUACUGCUGCAUUAACUUCCUACAAAAGCAGGAUUAAUGAAGGACAGUCGAGAAGGAGACACAGUUGCUGUUCUUAGCCUUUGGAACUCAAGAUUUAGCAGGAAAGGAAGCAUAAGAAAGUUUCACUAGAUCUAUUUGAAAAGUGAAGAACCUUUUGAAAGCAAGGAGAUUGAACCAGGUUCUUCUGAUGCACUGUUGACCCCAAGAGGAAAAGAAAAACACUGUUUCGCAGUGGUGAAUGAAAAAUGAUGGAGAAUAUAUUAGAGCGUUGUGAUGCAGAGAAGGAAAAGAAAGACCUACUCCAUCCAAGUAUGCAGUCUCAAUUAAGAGCUGCUAUGUACACAGCAAAGAACAUCUCCAAUUUUAUACGGCUGGGGGGGUUUUCCACAUCUCAUCCAGGCAAAUCACCUAGUACCCCUGAAAAGAAAAGAUGAACAAAUAGAGAAUACAUUUUAAAGAAGAAGGUGGGCAGAAGCUACAGUUCCUUCAGAUGGACACAUACAGUUUGAAGUUGAUCUAAAAGACACUUAGCCACAAUCAACUGUGUUAUUGAAUGUCAGAUCAAGUUUGUGUACUAAACCAUUCUUGUACAAUCUGGAAAUAUCAUUUCUAUUUUAUGCAAGAGCAAAUGUAACUGUUUGCUUACUGUGUAGUUGCAAAGUUCUCAACAUUUGUGUUUUAUUCAGCUGUAACCUAAGUGACCAUUUAUUCAUUUUUGUUUAUUACAUUCAAAGCUGCAUUGUUACUAAU